AUGGUGUGGGGAGUCCCCGUGUGUAAUGUGCCAGAUCGAUGUGACUACGGCCAAGGACGAUUCAUGAGGACCGCUGCAGCCAACCAGCAGCAAUUAUUCCGAGAACCAGUCAUGUUUCUGGUGAGAAGAAAGACACCGUUAUUGCGCCAGCGCUUCGUCUUGACCACGUUCGCGGUGAUGAAGUUCUUCGCUCUUCUCGCCCUUUGUGCGCUCGCCUUCGCAGCUCCUCGGGACAAGCGAUUAGCGGUGAGCACGAUCACUGUCACUGGAGGCGUUGGACUUUCCACCGGUUGCGUCGUGACCGGCAACGUUCUCUAUGCAAAUGGUUUCCGCAUUCGUGAGCUUACGUCUUCCGAGCAACAAGAAUUGAAUACCUAUCAGAACGAAGUGGCUGAAUACAAAGCGACUCUUAAACAAGCGAUCAAAGAGCGAGAAGAGAGCAUUCGAGCUCGUCUCGCUGGCAAGAAAGUGAAGUCGGUAGCAACUGCCAACCAAGAGGACCUUCCGAAGCCACCGAAGAAACCUUCAUUCUGCACUCCAGAAGACACGACCCAGUUCUUUUUUGAAGGAUGCAUGAUUCAAAAUAACAAAAUCUACGUCGGUAACACCUUUGCACGUGAUCUGACUUCUUCUGAAAUCAGCGAGCUUAAAGAAUUUGAGAAAAAAUUCAAAGUCUAUCAAGAUUACGUUCAGAAGCAAGCCGAAAUGCAAGUGAAUAGUCUCUUCGGCGGAUCGGACUUCUUUUCGGCGCUCUUCAACGGUGGCGACGCAAAGUCGACUACGACCACUCUUGCACCGGACCUACCGGAAGAUGCUCCAGAGCAGCCGCCUACUCCAAACUUCUGCACCAGGAUCAUCUAA